UAACAUUAAACAAACUUGUUCUGGAUCAGAUCAGGAUUUUGGAUCAGAACCUGAGGCAGAGCCKGUCCUUUUAAAUGUUUAAGCCCCGCCCCUCUAUCCGUGAAGCGCGUUCCUGCUGAAUGCGCGUGUCCGCCAUCAAUCUGCAGCAUGUCCUCCGGUCCGGACCGUCCUCUGUACCUGGGCCUGGACUUCAGCACCCAGCAGCUGAAGGUGGUGGUCCUGGAUGAAGACCUCAGUCCAGUCCAUCAGGACGGGGUUCUGUUCGACUCUGAGCUGCCAGAGUUCAGGACUCAGGGAGGAGUCCAUGUCCACGCUGACGGACUGACGGUCACCUCACCUGUUCUGAUGUGGGUCAAGGCUCUGGACCUGCUGCUGGAGAAGAUGAAGAGGGCGGGGCUUGACUUCUCCCGGGUCCGAGCGGUGUCAGGCAGCGGACAGCAACAUGGCAGCGUGUUCUGGAGACGAGGAGCCUCCCAGACCCUGGACAGGCUCCACCCAGACCAGAACCUGCACCUGCAGCUGCAGGACAGCUUCUCAGUGUUGGACAGUCCGGUCUGGAUGGACUCCAGCAGCGGUCAGCAGUGCCAGGACCUGCAGGCAGCAGUAGGGGGCGCUCUGAGACUGGCCCAGAUCACCGGGUCCAGAGCCUAUGAGGGUCUGGGAUGAAUCUUUUGGACAUCAGGACUAAAAGCUGGUCUGAGAUCUGCCUGGAAGCUACGGCCCCUGAUCUUCACCGACUCCUGGGACCUGUGCUGCCGUCCACAUCUGUCUUGGUGUCCAGGUUCUGUCCUGAGGUGGAGGUGCGGGCCCUGGUGGAGGGUCAGUUUCUGUCCAGGAGGCUUCACGCUGAGAGACUGGGUUACUGCAUCAUUUCAGGAAGCAGAGUUUUAGCUACUGGAGGAGCUUCAGCUAACAAAGAUAUUUUACAGGUUCUGUCUGACAUCUUCAGUGCUCCAGUUUACUCCUUAGACCUGUCCAAUUCAGCCUGCCUGGGGUCAGCCUACAGAGCCCUGCACGGUUUGGUGGCAGAGUCUGGUGUCUCCUUCUACGAUGUGGUGAAAAAAGGUCCAGAACCUCAGCUGGUCUGCACCCCCCAGCCCUCAGCUGAACAGGUGUACGACCAGAUGUUGAAGCGCUUCUCACAGCUGGAAGAGAGAGUCCUGCAGAGCAGUCACACCUGAGCAGCAGCCGACCAAUCAGAAGAGCCGACCAAUCAGAYGAYCCGACCAAUCAGAGGAYCCGACCAAUCAGAGGAGCCGACCAAUCAGAGGAYCCGACCAAUCAGAGGAGCCGACCAAUCAGAGGAYCCGACCAAUCAGAGGAYCCGACCAAUCAGAGGASCCGACCAAUCAGAGGAYCCGACCAAUCAGAGGAYCCGACCAAUCAGAGGAGCCGACCAAUCAGAGGAGCCGACCAAUCAGAYGAGCCGACCAAUCAGAGGAGCGGACCAGAGGUUCUGGUUCUUUGCAGACCAGAUCAGAACUUUCUGCAGGUUCUGCUUCUCUGAUUUAAAAGCAGACCUGAACAGAUAUUCUCUGUUUUUCUUUAACUGAACCAGAACUUGUUUGUUUUUAUUGGUUCUGGUUCUGACUGUUUCACUGUCAAACCUACAGAACCUGCAGGUCCAACUGAGCCCAGGUUCUGGUUCUGGUUUCUGGUAAAGUCUGAUCACUUCAUUAAACUGAUGCAAUAAAAA